AUGGGCAACAAGCAGACAGUUUUCACUCCAGAACAGCUUGACGCAUAUCAGGACUGCACCUUUUUUACAAGGAAGGAAAUUCUGAAGCUAUUUUAUCGUUUUCAGGAUCUGGCUCCUCAGCUGGUUCCUUUUGACUACACUGGCAAACCUGAUGUGAAGCUGCCUUAUGAGGUCAUCUGUGGCAUGCCUGAGCUAAAGGACAAUCCAUUCCGAGAGAGGAUUGCUCAAGUCUUUUCCCAGGAUGGGGAUGGUAACAUGACCUUGGAUGACUUUCUAGACAUGUUUUCUGUAAUGAGUGAAAUGGCUCCUAGAGAUCUCAAAGCAUAUUAUGCUUUUAAAAUAUAUGAUUUUAACAACGAUGACUACAUCUGCCCACUGGACCUGGAGAAGACAGUGACCAAGCUCACUCGAGGAGAGCUGACUCCUGAAGAAGUUGGCCUUGUGUGUGAGAAAGUGAUUAACGAAGCUGAUGUGGACAAUGAUGGCAAACUCUCUCUGGAUGAUUUUCAAAACAUGAUCCUACAUGCUCCAGAUUUCCUCAGCACCUUCCAUAUCCGAAUCUGAAGCAGAAUUGGCAAGCCCCCUACCUGCCUCUAAUGUCUUAUCUGCUUCUGUGACCUGCUCAGCCUGGUAAUGACUCCAGUAUCCUACUCUUUCCUGUGACAAGCUUGGCCUGGUCCAUUAUUCUUAUCUCUACAACUAUUCAAUAUACCUGAACUAAUUAUGACCCUAAUUCCCCAUUUUUUUCUGAUGACCUGUGCUGCCUG